AUGGUGAAAAAUGUCAAAAGUUUUUCCAUUUCUGCUGUUGCCUCAUUCUCUUUUUUCAUAGUCAAAAAGUGGAAGAAAGGUGAUCAAAACUUGGAAGUACAAUCAAGUACACGUCAGUCAAGGUCACGUCAGUCAAGUACACGUCAGUCAAGUACAAGUGAGUCAAGUACAAGUCAGUCAAGUACAAGUCAGUCAAGUACAAGUCAGUCAAGUACAAGUCAGUCAAGUACACGUCAGUCAAGUACACGUCAGUCAAGUACAUGUCAGUCAAGUACAAGUGAGUCAAGUACACGUCAGUCAAGUACAAGUCAGUCAAGUACAAGUCAGUCAAGUACAAGUGAGUCAAGUACAAAUUGGGUCAGCCAGAUGGCCGUGGUUCAAAAGCCAAAUGGGGAUUGCACUGACCCAAGACAUCUAAACACUGCUUUGGGAUGUGUCCCUAUAUUCUACAACUCCGACAAGAAACUCGAAAUACAAGUGGACAGUAGUCAACAUGGACUUGGAGCUGCACAAAUACAAGAAGGACAACUAAUAGAAUUUGCCUCUAGAGCAUUAACACCAACUGAAAAUCGAUCAGAUCCUAAUUAUCCGAGAACAAAUGAGAAGGCUGAAGCUGCUGUAAAGAUAAUGAAGAAUUUAAUACUGAAAACUAAACAUAAUGGUGAUGAUCAAUAUGGAACUGGAACUCAGAAACACACCUCGGCAAUACUUAGUAUAACAAAAACUUACAAAACUUAAUACAAAUAAAAAAAAAUUUUA